AUGGCUCACCAAUCCCAAGACUUCUCGCUACUGGACGCCAGUAUCUCCGAGCUCCAAUGCGCGCUUUCUUCGGGGUUGCUCUCUAGCGUAGGCUUAGUAUCACGAUACCUACGACGAAUCAGCGUCUACGACGCAAACAAUCUAAAUCUCACUGCCAUCCCAGUCUUGAACCCAUCCGCCCUCGACGAAGCAGCCGCUUCCGAUGCCCGACGCGCAGCUGGUCUACCGCCUCGUCCAUUGGAGGGUCUCCCCUACCUCGCAAAAGACAGUAUUAAAGUCAAGGGCAUGACUGUUGCAAGCGGAUCACCUGCAUUUGAGACCCUCAUCGCCAACGAAGAUGCUGCCUGCAUCAAACUUCUCCGUGAGGCCGGUGCCGUGCUUCUCGGCCGGACGAACAUGCCCGCCAUGGCGUACGGUGGGAUGCAACGUGGGUGUUAUGGGCGUGCUGAAAGUCCUUAUAAUACUGCGUACCUGGCUGCGGCGUAUGCUUCCGGUUCAUCAAAUGGAUCAGCCGUCGCGACGGCUGCCAAUUUUUGUGCUUUUUCUCUAGGCAGCGAGACUGUUUCUUCAGGUCGCUCACCGGCCUCGAAUAAUGCCAUUGUUGCAUACACGCCUUCGAAAGGCCUUCUUCCUCUCCGCGGUGUCUGGCCACUCUACUUGACCUGUGAUGUCCUAGUGCCUCAUACCAGGACCAUGGCAGAUAUGUUCCACGUCCUAGAUGUUCUAGCCGUGUCCGAUGAAGCCCCAAUUGGAGAUUUCUACCAGGAACAAAAGAUUGUCUCCCUGCCUUCAAUCAAUACACUUCGACCAAAGUCUUUUUCAGAAUUACAAGAUGGUACAUCCUUGCGCGGGAAGCGUAUUGGUGUACCUUCAAUGUACAUCGGAGGCGACGACUCUUCCCUAUCCCCAACUAGCAAAGUCAACACCCGGCCCUCCAUAAUCAAGCUAUGGCAGAACGCCAGAAAGAUCCUUGAGUCCUGCGGUGCGGAGGUGAUCGAAACGGACUUCCCACUUGUGACAACCUACGAAUCAAACGCAGACAAGGGCCAACUCGUCACCGUCGCAGGACUACCAGAAGGCUGGUCCGCGCUGGAGCGGAGUGAGCUCGUCGCGCAUAUCUGGGACGACUUCCUGGUUAACAACGGCCAAAAGAGUCUCGAGACUCUUUCUCAGGUCGAUCCAACGACUAUCUUUCCGCUUGCGCCAGGGUCUCUGAAGGGUGCGCCCGAUGCGGCUAAUGCGCUGCGGUGGGAUGAGAUGGUUAAAUACCCGCACCGGAAGCCGGCGUCUGUUUUCGAGAUCCCCGGUAUUCAACAAGCAAUCCAGGCUCUUGAGAAUGCGCGCAAGGAGACUCUUGAGGACUGGAUGGAUGAGCUUGGGCUUGAUGCAGUGGUUUUCCCGGCUAAUGGUGAUGUCGGGGCUGCUGAUGCGGACUGCGAUGAGACGGCUUCACGGUUUGCGUGGAGUAAUGGCGUCAAGUACUCCAAUGGAAACAGACCCAUCCGUCAUCUUGGUGUGCCUACUAUCUCUGUUCCUAUGGGUAUCAUGGAAGAUACGGGGAUGCCGGUGAAUCUUACCUUCGCUGGGAAGGCAUAUGAUGACAACAGUCUGCUUAAGUAUGGCUUUGCUUUUGAGGUGGCGAUGAAGGGCCGUGUUCAGCCACCGCUUGUGCCUGCUCUUGACUCGGAUUGCCUCAAGGGUGGUCAAGACCCUCGGCCAUGGGCUUCUCGGUCGACCGUUGAGCUGGUGGUGGAGACUCAAGUGAAGGAGAUUCACGAUUCGAUGGUUGUGGUCCAGAUCCAGGGAUCGGUGGGACUCAAGGGCUCCGAACUGAGGAAUAUGGAGUGCCAUAUCAACGGUCAACCAUUCAAGCCGGUCAUAGAGGACGAUAGAUGGUUUAUCAUGGCUUCCUAUCCCGCAUCGGAACGUGACCAACCCUGGAAGAGAUGGUCGAGUCCUACUUUAACACAGACCAUCGUAGUUAUCACAGCUCAUACGAAAGAUGACUCGACAACGGGCACGCUGAUCUUAUUAUGA